AUGUACACGGAGUCAUGGGAGGAAGAGUGGGAGCGUGUCUUGUGGAAGAAGAAGCCAUACCCCGAUAACUAUGUCCCCAAGUCCUUUCUCAAGUCUUUGAGCAAGAAUCCAAACUUCAAACCCUACACCUAUUGGCACCUCGUGCUCCUCUCAUGCCCCAUAAGUCAGCACCUUGCCAGCAUCUUCGUCGUCAUCGCAAUCUUCGUUCGGCUACAACAGCGGUUGCUGGAUCCACGCGCCCUCAUAUGGAUAUCCUCCGGAGUCUUCCUGGUGGGGUACAUCGCGUGGGAGCUGCUUGAAUGGGCCGUGCUAGACAGAGAGACUCGGAACACGAACAGGGCGAAGGCAGUCAAAGCCUCUAUCCUCGUUUUCCUCGCCCUCAUGUCCCUCUCUCCGGUCCUAAAGACUUUGACCGCUGCAACAUCCUCGGACUCGAUUUGGGCUCUGUCGGCAUGUCUGUUUAUCCUGAACGCGCUUCUGGCCGAUUAUACUGCGAUGAGACCCAGAAGCCAGCAGCGCGAGAGGCUUACCUCGGUGCUGUCAAUGAACGCUGCCAUCUCGUCCUCGGUUGUACUGGCUUCGCGAUUACCGGACGAUUUGUCUGUGUUUGGGCUGAUCUUGUUCUCGGUCCAAUCGUUCGCGUUGUUCCCUAUGCUACGCCGCCGCAUGCAGGUCAGCGCGAAGACACUGCAGGUCGUCCUCACGCUGCUCAUGUCCGCGCUCGCGGUUCUCCUCACGCAGUCGCUAUCACGCACCGCAGCCCGGAUCUACGUGGUCUGCUUCCUGUUCGCCACGUUCAUUGCGCCAGGCGUCCUCGUCUGGGCGCAGCGGUACAAGAAUGAAAUUCGAGGCGACUGGGACCCAGCCGUGCCUAAGGUCAAUCGACGGCUCUCGCUCUCGCGUUGA